UUUUUUAUUUUGUUUAUUUGGCAGGGAAUUUAUGGACCUUUUGUUGUCUCCAGCUUCUAAAGUUUUGAAUAACUGGUUUGAGGUAACCUUAUGGUCUCUUAAACACUUCUUAAUUUUCUGUGGUUGAACUAAAGAGUAAAGCCUAUAUUGAUUGACUGGCUAGUGGAGGUAAUGUUUAUAGAUUGUCAAUUAUAGUAAUGUGAACUUUACCCGUUCUUGAAUUUUGAUCCAUGUAUUGUUCAAAAUUGAUAUUAGUAUUUUUUUGAUUUUGAGUACAUUACAAUUUGCCAUUGAGAGCACAUGCAAAUGAUACAUUACUUUUGAAAACAUGUCUGUGUGACUUUAUUAUGAAACCUCUAUAUGUGCUAAAUAUCUAUAUCUAUGUCCAACUGCAGAUGGCUGAAGAGUAUAGACUUGUACCAGAUACAUUGUAUUUGACAGUAAACUACAUUGAUCGGUAUCUAUCUGGGAAUGCCAUGAACAGGCAACAAUUACAAUUACUUGGAGUUGCUUCUAUGAUGAUUGCAUUUAAAUAUGAGGAGAUUUGUGCACCUCAGUUUUUAAAACAUACAAAUCUCAAGCAAAUCAUUUCUUAAGCUGGAGGUCUUGGUAUUGCUGACGAGGUUCAAGCUGGGUUUGCUCGC